UUCUCCGUUACUAUUUCCGGGUGAAGCCCUCGGCGUUGUUUCCUCUGCAGGUAGCCUGUGCUCUGCCUGGGUUGCUGUUGGUCUUUUUGGGAUAGCGGCACCUAUUCUGUUUACCUAGAAUUGCUUUGCGCGCAUUUGGAUUCUUUGCUGUUCGUUGGCAGGUGGCCAGAUAAUCCUAAAGCCAUGACAGAUUCCAAAUAUUUUACAACAAAUAAAAAAGGUGAGAUAUUUGAGCUUAAAGCAGAGCUGAACAAUGAAAAGAAGGAGAAGAGGAAAGAAGCUGUCAAGAAGGUAAUUGCAGCCAUGACUGUGGGCAAAGAUGUUAGUUCUUUGUUUCCUGAUGUGGUGAAUUGUAUGCAGACAGAUAACUUGGAGCUUAAGAAACUGGUAUACUUGUAUCUCAUGAAUUAUGCCAAAAGUCAGCCGGAUAUGGCAAUCAUGGCUGUCAACAGCUUUGUUAAGGAUUGUGAAGAUCCUAACCCACUAAUCCGAGCCCUUGCUGUCCGUACUAUGGGAUGUAUUCGGGUGGAUAAAAUCACGGAGUACCUAUGUGAGCCUUUGCGAAAGUGCCUGAAGGAUGAAGAUCCUUAUGUGAGGAAGACUGCAGCUGUCUGUGUUGCAAAGCUUCAUGACAUUAAUGCCCAGAUGGUGGAAGAUCAGGGGUUUCUGGAUUCACUAAGAGACCUUAUUGCAGAUUCCAACCCAAUGGUUGUGGCUAAUGCUGUGGCAGCAUUAUCUGAGAUAAGUGAAUCUCAUCCAAACAGCAAUUUGCUUGAUCUAAACCCUCAAAAUAUCAACAAACUUCUGACUGCCCUGAAUGAGUGCACUGAAUGGGGUCAAAUCUUUAUUCUGGAUUGCCUAUCUAAUUAUAAUCCCAAAGAUGAACGAGAGGCUCAGAGUAUUUGUGAACGUGUUACCCCUCGACUGUCUCAUGCAAACUCUGCUGUUGUACUUUCUGCGGUGAAGGUGUUAAUGAAAUUCCUUGAGCUGCUGCCAAAAGACUCAGACUAUUAUACUACUUUGCUAAAGAAGUUGUCUCCUCCUCUUGUUACUUUACUUUCUGGAGAACCAGAAGUCCAGUAUGUGGCACUCAGAAAUAUAAAUCUCAUCGUACAGAAAAGGCCUGAAAUUCUUAAACAGGAGAUCAAAGUUUUCUUUGUCAAGUAUAAUGAUCCAAUAUAUGUGAAGCUAGAGAAACUUGAUAUCAUGAUUCGAUUGGCUUCACAAGCUAACAUUGCUCAGGUUUUGGCCGAGUUAAAGGAAUAUGCUACUGAAGUUGAUGUUGAUUUUGUCCGAAAAGCUGUCCGAGCCAUUGGAAGAUGUGCUAUUAAAGUUGAGCAAUCUGCGGAGCGUUGUGUCAGCACUCUCUUGGAUUUAAUUCAAACAAAAGUUAAUUAUGUAGUUCAAGAAGCUAUUGUGGUGAUUAGAGAUAUUUUCCGCAAAUAUCCCAACAAGUAUGAGAGCAUCAUUGCCACAUUAUGUGAAAACUUAGAUUCACUAGAUGAGCCGGAUGCACGAGCUGCAAUGAUAUGGAUAGUGGGAGAGUAUGCUGAAAGGAUCGACAAUGCAGAUGAACUGCUAGAGAGCUUCCUUGAAGGCUUUCAUGAUGAGAGCACCCAGGUUCAAUUAACACUCCUGACUGCCAUUGUAAAGCUAUUUUUGAAAAAGCCAUCAGAGACACAGGAACUUGUACAACAAGUCCUCAGCCUUGCCACACAGGACUCUGAUAAUCCAGAUCUCCGAGACCGAGGCUAUAUCUACUGGCGCCUCCUGUCUACUGACCCUGUUACAGCCAAAGAGGUAGUUUUGUCUGAAAAGCCUCUUAUUUCAGAGGAGACUGACCUAAUUGAACCAACACUACUUGAUGAACUUAUCUGCCAUAUUGGAUCAUUGGCUUCUGUUUAUCAUAAACCUCCUAAUGCAUUUGUUGAAGGGAGCCAUGGCAUUCAUCGAAAGCAUCUGCCAAUCCAGCCCGGAGGCAAUGAAACUGGUGAGAGUCCUGUUGGAGCUGGUCCCACAACCCAACUUGAUCAGCCACAGGUCAUCCCUUCACAAGGAGAUCUCCUUGGAGAUCUUCUAAAUCUUGACCUAGGUCCACCUGUCAAUGUCCCUCAAGUAUCCUCUAUGCAGAUGGGAGCUGUGGAUCUUCUUGGCGCUGGUCUGGACAGUUUGAUGGGAGAAGACACACAAUGGCUUGGAGGAGAUCUUGGUAGUGGUGCUGGGGGAAGUCCUGCUGUUGGUCAGAACUUCAUUCCUUCCUCUGUGCCCACCACUUUUGCUCCAUCUCCGACACCAGCAGUGAUUAGCAGUGGCUUAAAUGACUUGUUUGAACUCUCUACUGGAAUGGGUAUCGCUACUGGAGGUUAUGUUGCUCCCAAAGCUGUUUGGCUGCCAGCUGUAAAAGCUAAAGGCUUGGAGAUAGCAGGCACAUUUUCUCGAAGACAAGGGCAUAUGUACAUGGAUAUGAACUUUACAAAUAAAGCCCUGCAACAUAUGACAGACUUUGCCAUUCAGUUUAAUAAGAACAGCUUUGGCGUCAUCCCUACCACUCCUCUUCCAAUUCACACUCCUUUAAUGCCCAACCAGAGCAUUGAGGUUUCUCUUCCUCUCAACACUAUAGGACCUGUAAUGAAGAUGGACCCACUCAACAAUCUUCAGGUUGCAGUGAAAAAUAGCAUAGAUGUGUUCUACUUUAGCUGUCUUAUUCCUCUCAAUAUAUUUUUUGUUGAGGAUGGUAAAAUGGAGCGUCAAGUAUUCCUUGCAACAUGGAAGGACAUUCCAAAUGAAAAUGAACUUCAGUACCAGAUAAAAGAUUGCCACUUGAAUGCAGACACUGUUUCGGGUAAACUGCAGAACAACAAUAUUUACACCAUUGCAAAGAGAAAUGUAGAAGGCCAGGACAUGCUGUAUCAGUCCCUGAAACUUACUAAUGGCAUUUGGAUUCUAGCUGAAUUGCGUAUUCAGCCGGGGAAUCCAAACUACACACUUUCCCUGAAGUGUCGUGCUCCAGAAGUCUCCCAGUAUGUCUAUCAAGUGUAUGAUUCAGUACUGAAGAACUGAAGGCCAGCUCUAUUAACAUUUGCACCUGGAGAAAAGAACCAAUUAUUUAAUGUUGGUUUUUAACCACUGAUUUGUAACGUAAAAGUGAACUGUGAACAGAGCCAUAAUGAAAGCUCUUAAUACUUUGUAACCACUGCAUUAGCCACAGUUUAUGGUGACUUUACAUGUAUUCAUUCCACUCCUAUGUUAGUGCUUCCCUUCCCCUAAUUUCAUUUUGUAGCUCUAGUUAGAAGAGGUUAAAUUGUAUUAUGACCAAAAAAAAAAAUUCUUUAUGCUUGUGCUUUCCACUAUACUUCCCAUGUAUACUUUCAGUUGUGGUUCUUGCACACAUUUUUGUGUUUUGAAACUGUAAUGAAUGGAAACUGUUCACAAAUCAUUUUAAUAUUGCUGGGUUUCAUUUGUAACAUUAAAUCCCAUGUUGCAUUAGACAAUUAAAUAUUAAAAUAGCACUACAGAAGUAAAUUACAGUAAUUGAAAUGGAAGGAUGUCAGUGGUUUGUGGGGGGGGGGGGGGGGGGGGGGUAUAUAGGAGCUUAGCUGCUAGUGCCAACUUUUCCUGCUAUUUAUCCAGUUCCAUUAAUAACUGAGUUUGUAUGCUGUUAAACAUUUAUCAUCUGCUUAUAAUUCUAGUAUUUGUUUUUUCUCUUAUAGCGGUUUAGAUGCCCUACGUACGAUCUGUACCAUGCAGCUUCAUGUCAGCUGGUAAUGUCAUGAAGAAUAAUAUCAGUAAAAUGGCUUUUGUUGCUACUUGAAAUGAUUUCCCCUCAUCAACUAACAGCCUCUGUUUCUACUCAGUCUUACUCCAUCCACGUAUUUGUUUGUUUAAUUUGCACACUUUCCUUAUUUUACAUUAUGUCCCCUCAAUACAGAAUGAAUACAAGUUAAGUGGCAAAAUUCAGUUUAUAAUGUUCUUUAUGCCAAACCUUGGCUGGUGUUGCACAUGACAGCUAAGUGCAUGUGAUUGGCCCUUUCUGAGUUCUAGUGUGAUCAAGUAAGGAUUGCUUCAUACAUUGCUGUCUGCAUUGGUUUUGACACUUUUUCAGUUUGUAGUACAAAGACAUCUUUCAGACUUCUGUCUAGAUGUUACUGUCUUUUAUGUGUACUGUAUUACACUUUGCAGUGUGCAAAAAAUAUUUGUGUGUUAACAACAUCUUGCUUUUUGAUAUCUUUGUUAUUAUGCAUUGAAGAUUGCUGAUAAGAACCAGACUGGUUUUAUUGUUUUUGACUUUGUUCAUUUUUAAACUGUAACAGUGUAUCAGAAGCCAUUUCAUUUGGUUAAGAUUAACAUUGAAAUGUGUGUUAAUUCUUAUGAAUUUGGAUGUUCAGUCGUGUAUGUAAUGUGAAUUGUAAAUGAAUUAUGAUCCUUUAAUAAUCUGCACAUUAAUCAAUUGAUAAACGGAACCUGUUUGCCUUUUUAAAAAUCCUUAUAUAUAUCCACAAACACUGGGCAGAGAAGGUUUUAUGUGGACAUACAAUACAUUUGUAGUACUUUAAGAUUGCAUUGUUGAUCUAUACCACUUGUGAACUGUAUCGUACCUGUUACUCAUGUUUAUGGUAUAAGUGGAAAAAAAUGUAAACGGGGCUUUCUAAAGAAUAUAUCCUUAGAAUUUGUGUGAAAUAUUUUACAGUGAUGUCCUGUAACUUAAGGAAAAGUAACUACCUGAAUAUGCUUUUCAGAAUAGCCUAACAGUAGUCCAUUUUGAAAUGAAUUAGUCAGUUUAUUCUGCUUAACUAAUCCUGACAUCUGCUUUGUGUCUUAUUAGGUCUGCAGUCAAGGAAAGGUAAUAAUUUUCUUGCCUAUAUUACUGAGUCAUUCUACAAUUUUAAAACGGCCUUUUGAAAAUCAAAACAACAACAUAAUUGCUCCUUCCAAACAUUUCUAUUUCUGUGCAUCACAUGGUUAGACAUAUUUGCAUAUCAUAUAACAAGGUGACAUAGUGUUCUUAGGAAAGUAUUUGUAGUUUGGCACCUCUGUUAACUGUGCCUGUAACCUGCAUGUUAGAAGCACUGUCCUCAGUUUAAAUAUAUAGCCCAUUAAGGACGAUUUCUCUACUAUUGCAGACUAAAAAAUAUUGCUAAAUGAUUGUUUAAUCAAUCAGCCAUUAUUUUAUUUUGAAACAGUAGUCUGUUACUUGUACAUCCCAAACACUGCAGAGACCUCUUUCUCCAUUGUAAAAAGCUAAUAUUUUUGUUCGGUACUCACCCUUAAUAAUUGGCUCCUCCAUCUUGCUUGUCUAGACCUUAAUUGCAGAUUGCACAUUUUCUCUUGUUUGAUCACACUUUUGGUUUACAUAUUGCUUUACAAAUGGAUGUUCCAGUGUAGCCGUGAAGAGGUAUAAACUAUGACUCUUGACUUCUCCCAACAUUGAGAGAUUAUUUGAUCUUACAUUUAAAGCUGCUUUAUCCUCCAGAAAUAAUUUUCUAACUGGUAUCCAUAUUAUAUUUACCAUUAUCAAUAAAUGUGUCUUGACUUUA